UGAUGGGCAUGUCGUGCAAAAGCUCACCGAAGCCCGAGAUUUUCAGUGAAGCAGAUUUCGAACCUUCAGCUUUCGGCAUCCUGGCGACAGCCACCACAUGUCCGUCCUCCUCAGAUAGACAGGAUGACCUCCUCCAUGAAGAUUUUGGCCGUGUCAGUAUUUGUUUGUAUCUUGAUGGUUCUGGCAUUUGCAAGUUUCUGUCCAUCGAAUGACUAUAACACCUGUCCAUGUAACUGGCGCGAGUUUGACGGUCGCUGCUUCCACUAUGUCAAGGAAAAAAAGACUUGGGCCCAAGCUGAGCAAAACUGCCACUCCAUGAACGCAAACCUUGUAUCUAUUCACAAUGAGGAAGAAGAAUUAUCCCUAAAGAAUUUCAUUAUUGAGGAAACCCAAUCCCCAUUCAACCUAAAGAUAUGGAUUGGAGCUUCAGACUGCUGGAAGGAGGGUUCUUGGUAUUGGAGUGAUGGGACGCAGUUCUCUUUCACUGACUGGUGCAGAGGACAACCAAACAAUUUAUACACAGGCCAGGAUUGUGUGACCAUUAAACUACGAGGUAGGUGCUGGGAUGACAGAAGCUGUACUGAUACAUUUUCAUCAAUCUGUGCCAAACGUGUCCAAAAGAGUCAUCCAACAUGUCAUCACAGGACAUGAUUGUGAUCACAUCUGUUGUUUGAAGAUGUUUUGUUGAAUUCAGGACUUCAUAGUGUCUACGUGUAUUUAGCAAGUUUCACUGCAACGAAUGAUGAUAAAAUGUGAUGCCAAUUUAAUUCUCUGUACAGAAUGUUUUUUUGACAUUGAAGAAUGUACUUGCUAAUUAUUGCAAUAAAUAUGUUAGUUUGUG